ACCUAUUAUUUUUUAUUGUAAAUUUUGAUUCAAUUCAUGUCAAACAAUGUAGAUAAAUUUAAAACUCCAUGGUUAUAUGAGUUUCCACCUUAUUACACUAUACAAUUAAAUCAAAAUACCAGAACAAAGCAAUUAGAUUCAUGGGUUCAAUUUGUAUUAUCUUAUUGUAAACAUUUUAAAUGCUUUGAAUUAAAUCCUAAGCAUGAACCUUCUUCACAUUUUAUUAAUUUGGAAUAUGAUAACAAAAUUAUCUUAUUUAAAAACCACACCAUUAAUAGAAAUUUAUCAGAAGAGGGCAUUAUCCUAAUUUUAGAUGAAUUAUAUAUCAAAGGAAAUUUUAGAUGGCAUGACAGGCAUAAUAAAACAAAAGGUGGAUAUGUAUUAUGGUACAGUAUUGAAGAAUGGGCCAAUGUUAUAUAUAAAUGGGCCAUGAAUAAAGGCUUAAAAAAUACUGUUUGUACCUUUUAUGAAAUGAUUGAGGCCCCUGUAAACAAUUUUUCUGCUAUAAAUGAAUUUUGGGGAAUGCCAAAAAACCUAUUUUUGCAAAUUCUAAAACAAUUAGAAGCUCAAAAAAAAGCUGAAAUAAUUAUUCAGCAAGACUUAGAAGGUGUUAAAUUUUUUUAAUCAAAUCAAGUAUAGAUUAUAAUAAUUUUUUAAAAAUAUAUUAAAUGAA